AUGCGACCGUCCACUGGUCAAGGAGCUGAGGCGGUGGCGGGCAACCGAGGCGACGCCCGAAGCUGGCUCGAGCUGUUUCGGGUCCGAUACGCCCAAGAGGCGGUGGGGCUCGAGUGGUGGCGCGAGUAUGGAAAGACGGAGUGGACUAUUCAGCUCCCCAUCGUCGAUGUGGCCCAGCUGGGCGAGCUGGACCUCGCACUGAUCGAGCAGGACGACUGCCCUACCGUUCGAGUGGACAUGCGGAACGGGUUCGUGAGGUCGAUCCAGCUGCCGCUGGUGGUCUACUCGGCAACUUCGAUCGAAUCCUUCGCGGCCUGCGGCGACUACAUUGACCAGGUCUGCCGGGUGAUGGACUCCAGCUGGUGGCCGAUCAUCAUGGUCGAGACCAAGGUCGACCUGGUCCAUGAGCGGCGGGUGCCUACCGCGAUGGGUCCCAAGGCUGCGCGAUCCAGGGGCUGCCUUUUCAUCAGGACCAGCGCCAAGACGGGGGAGGGCGUCGAGGAGGCAUUCUCGGGCUGCGCUCACCUGUUUAGCGCAGCCCGAACGGGUGCGCUCGGGCCGACGGUCGAUUCCUGGGUCAACUCUUUUGUGCGCCUUGACGUGCGGCGCAAGAAGAAUGCCAACUGCCUUCUUGCAUGA